ACAGCAAAACGCUCCCCUGGAUACAGGGAGCAGGGGAUGGAGCUGUGAGCCUCCCCACUCCUCCUGUACCGAUCAAAGCACGGCUCUCCCCAUUGGAGCCAUGGGUUCCCAGCUGGAGGUGGGGACACGUAGGCAGCCGGACCCUCCCCUCCUCAGAUCUGUCAUCAGACGGAGAAAAAUCCAUCCUUCCCUCCCCAAGUUGCUCACCCAACCCUGCAGAACUCGCAGGGGCACAGAAUGGGGGAGCGCUGCCCGGUGCCUGCUGGCCCCCCUCAACACGAUGGGGGUCCCGGAGCCAUCCCUGUGCCCCCAGCCCACCCCCGGGACAAGUGGAGCAAGAAAAUGGAUUUCCUCCUCUCAGUCAUCGGGUUUGCCGUCGAUCUGGGCAACGUGUGGCGCUUCCCUUACAUCUGCUACCAAAACGGAGGGGGAGCCUUUCUCAUCCCGUACACGCUGAUGGCUGUUUUUGGAGGGGUGCCCCUCUUCUACAUGGAGCUGGCCCUGGGGCAGUUCCACAGGACGGGCGCCAUUCCCAUCUGGAAGCACAUCUGCCCCAUCUUCAAAGGCAUCGGUUUUGCCAUCUGCAUCAUUGGCCUCUACGUCUCCUUCUACUACAACACCAUCAUUGCUUGGGCACUCUAUUACUUCUACUCAUCCUUCUCGGGCACCCUGCCCUGGGCGAGCUGUGACAACCCCUGGAAUACACCCAACUGCACCAACUACUUUGGGAGGAACAACGUGACCUGGACCAACUUCUCCAGGUCCCCUGCUGAGGAGUUUUAUACGAGGAAGGUCCUGGAGCUUCAGAAGUCCGGCGGUCUGUACAACGUCGGGGGGAUCCGCUGGCAGCUGCUCCUCUGCCUUUUCCUCAUCUUCGCCAUCGUUUACUUCAGCCUGUGGAAAGGGGUGAAAACCUCUGGGAAGGUGGUGUGGGUGACGGCCACGCUGCCCUACCUCGUCCUGCUCAUCCUGCUGGUCCGCGGGGCCACCCUGCCUGGAGCCUGGAGGGGGGUCCUCUUCUACUUGCGCCCAGACUGGGGCAAGCUGCUGAGCACAGCGGUCUGGGUUGAUGCUGCUGCGCAGAUUUUCUUCUCCUUGGGUCCUGGAUUCGGUGUUCUUCUCGCUCUGGCCAGUUACAACCACUUUCAUAACAACUGCUACAGGGAUGCACUCAUCACCAGUGCAGUAAACUGCCUCACCAGCUUCCUCUCGGGUUUUGUCAUCUUCACUGUGCUGGGCUACAUGGCUGAGAUGCGGGAUGUGGAGGUGGAGGAUGUAGCCAGAGACAAAGGUUUGCCCCCCACUGCUUCAGAACCCCAUCUUGUCUGGCCUCAUGGUGCCCCUGCUGGAGCUGGGGGGCCCCUGUGCACCCAGGGGUGUAUUGAUGGCAGUGAGGCCAGGACUGCUACAUUCUAUGCAAUCCCACUGCUUGCCAGCACCCAGAAGAAAGGCAAAACCAACCUGCACUCCUUCCUAGGUCCCAGCCUGCUUUUUAUCACCUACCCCGAAGCCAUUGCCAACAUGGUGGGAUCCACCUUCUUUGCCAUCAUUUUCUUCCUGAUGAUGAUAACGCUGGGGCUGGACAGCACGUUUGGGGGUCUGGAGGCCGUGAUCACCGCCGUGAUGGAUGAAUACCCCCAGGUCCUGGCCCAGCGCAGGGAGCUCUUUGUCCUCAGCCUCAUCACUGUCUGCUUCCUGGGCUCGCUGAGCACCCUCACCUACGGCGGUGCCUACGUGGUGAAGCUGCUGGAGGAGUUUGGUGCUGGCUGCUCCAUCCUGGCCGUGGUGCUGCUGGAAACCAUAGCUGUGUCCUGGUUCUAUGGGAUCCAGCGGUUCUCCCACGAUGUGAAAGCCAUGCUGGGCUUCACCCCAGGGCUGUUCUGGAAGGUGUGCUGGGUGGCCAUCAGCCCUGCCCUGCUGGCAGUGAGUAGUGCAUUUCUCAGCCCCUCCUGCUGCUGUGCUCCAGGGCAAAACUUGGAGCUGGCAACCAGGCAGGAUUGCUGAGUGCAGCCCUGAGCCUUGUGCUGCAGCUGACCCGCAGCUGCAGAGCACCAGCAGCUGCAGUGAGCUGCUUCCUGAUUGCUCUGCCUGGGUUCUGCAGUUCAUUGUGGCCAGCUCGCUUCUGGAGCAGCCACCCCUGGCACUUUUUGGCUACCAGUACCCAGCAUGGAGCACCUCACUGGGACACCUCAUAGGAGCAUCUUCUUUCAUCUGCAUCCCUGUCUACAUGGUAUACAAGCUGGUCUGGACACCGGGGUCCCUCAAGCAGGUCAGAGCUACAUCAGCACAAUGCUGUCCUCAGCUGUCACCCCUCCUUUUCACCAGUUUUUGGGACAUCUCUGAGCUCUGGGCCAUUGCAGGCCAAUGGAAGAGCAGCAGCUCCUGCUAGCAGAGCUCGAGGUCCCAUUGCAGGAAUGGAACCCAUUGCUUUUCUCUUCCUGCUUCAGCGCCUCGCUGUCUGCAUUCGACCGGAGAAAACAGUGCGAGACCCCCAGGCAGAGGUGGUGGGCAUGGAGCCGGUCCUGUAGCACGAUGAGGGGAUGCAGAGGCUGCUCCCUGUUCCCAUGUGACACCCAUCAGGCAGGCAGGACGCUGUCACUUCCACCAUCCUCCGGCCGCCUGGCCCCACAGCUGCAGGUGUUGCAAGCACGCAGUGACCACGGUGCCUCCUGCAGUGCAGUGUGCGGCGCUGCGUCACUGCUCCAUGUGUUGGUCCCCUCUCAAAGAGAAAACAAAGCCCCAGCUGUGAGCAGGCUGUGUGUUUUUCGGCUUUGUGAGGUUCGUUUCCCCCGUGCUCCCCUUCGGGAUGAAAGCAGAACCCCAAUGUAUAGCAAUGUCGCCAUGGUCACUGUCACCUUGUCUGGCUGAGGGAUGCCUGUGGUGUCACCACGCCGCUGGCUCCAUGUGAACUCAUCAACUGCUGUCACCCCUCCUGUCCCCACAGCAGAUAACACAGAACAGAAUUGGAGGACGCAGCCAAGAGGUGGGGGCACACAGUGAUGGAGGGGACCCAGGGCUGGGGGCACACAGAGGGCUGGGGAGAACACAGGGAUAGGAGGCACAUAGAGAUGGGGACAACAGCAGGGUGGGGAGAACAUGGGUUUAGGGGUGACACAGGGAUGGGGGACGUAUAGGGAUAGGAGAUGGUGAUAUCUGAUAGUGAUAGGACAAGGGGAAAUGGCUUUGAACUAAAAGAGGGGAGAUUGAGGUUGGAUGUGAGGAAGCAAUUCCUCACUCAGAGGGCAGAGAGACCCUGGCAGUGCUGCCCAGAGCUGUGGUGCCCCAUCCCUG